ACAGAGAGAGAAAGUGACAAGAGGGAUCUGGAUUCAGGAAUCAUUUUGCGCUCUUCUUCCUCUAUUUCAUUAUCCUCUCUCUCUGUAGAAGGUCAAAAAAGUAACAGAAAAAGCUUUAAAACGAUGGAGUCUACGCCGAGCUUUUUAUCCUGUAUACCGGCACACGAUAUCGGUCGCGCAAUGGGGGAGGAGGGUAGGGAAACGUUUUCUCAGGUCGACCCUUUUCUCGUUGAGGCUCUUGAUAACCCUCGUCAUCGUCUUACCGUUUUGCGGAUGGAGCUGGAAAUUCAGCAGUUCAUGCAGAAUCCAGAUCAAUACCAAUUUGAAUUCCAGCCCUUCCCCACUUCAUACCUCAGGUGCGCAGCUCAUCGUGUGGCUCAACAUUAUGGCCUACAAACAAUGUCAGUUGACAAUAUUACAGAUGGUUCUGGGAGUAGGAUAGUAGUCAGGAAGACUUCUGAGAGUAGAUAUCCACUCACUUGUUUAUCAGAUAUAUCUGUAAAACAGCAUGAAAAUGAGAGGGCAGGACAAAUUAAAAUUUUUGUUCGACGAAAACCAAGCAAAGCUUCUCUGUGCGAUACAUCGGAGGCAGGAAACAUGAGCUUAAUGAGGACUGUGGAAGAGCGAAUGGAGGAAUAUGACAAAGCUCGAGCCCGCAUAUUCAGCUGCUCUUCUGGUCCAGCUGUUGUAAGAAAUGCCCCUUAUAGUGGAGGUGAGAAGGAAACCAGCUGGAAUACUAAUAAUAGAGAAGAGUCAGAAAAGAUGGUUACCAAGGAUUCAACUUCUUCCAGUAUUGCUAUCUUCAAGGACCGGGAAAAAGAUCGAAGUGACCCCGAUUAUGACCGGAGUUAUGACAGGUAUGUCUCGGGUUUUGCGCUUUGCCAUAAUUUUACCAUGGGAGUUUCGAAUGUUUGUCAGCCUUCACUCCUGUUAUAUGAUGGAGGCUUUUCUCAGCUGGCUUUCGGGUCACAAGUUCUUCCCACUCUCAGUGCUGUUGGGUGCAGCAGCCCAGGUUCUGUUUAUAUGCAAUGGCGUGCACCUGCUUUUGUGUAUUCACAGUCCUACGAGCACUUCAGGAACGCGGUAUAUCAGGCGCCAGUUUAUCUGCAACCUUUGAGCUUUGAUCAUUUGCAGAACAGCUAGAAGAUGCAGGAAUAGCUAAAUAGAUAUGUUCUUUUUAGCUCUUCUGUCUCUAGCCAAAAAAGAGUACGAGCAAGGACUUUAUAAGACAUGUAAAUGACCUGCUUCUUGUAUUGAUAACUGCUUGCUAUAUUGUAUGUGAUCUUAUAUUGAUCUUUGAUUGAUUUAUUUUUUUGUGUAUUGAUGCAAUUUAUCAAAUCAGAUUUUUUAUAAGAAAAAAAUUGUGGUUAA